AUGAACAAUAUGGAUAACGAAAUAGACACAAAGUGCAUAAACGAAAUUCGUAUGUUAUCAGCAGAAUUGCCAUUAGAGGCAAAGAGUGGACAUCAAGGAGCUCCAAUAGGUUGUGCCCCUAUAGCUCAUAUAUUAUGGUCUUAUGUAAUGAAUUAUUAUAAUGAAGAUACCAAAUGGAUAAAUAGGGAUAGAUUUAUUUUGUCGAAUGGUCAUGCUAGUGCAUUACUGUAUACUAUGUUAUAUUUAACAGAACAAGGGUUAAGUAUGGAAGAUUUAAAAUUGUUUCGACAAUUUGGAAGUAUAACACCAGGUCAUCCAGAAAAUCAUAUAACAAAAGGUGUUGAAGUUACUACAGGACCAUUAGGUCAAGGUGCUUCAAAUGCUGUAGGUAUGGCUAUAGCUGCUCAUAAUUUAGCAGAGAAAUAUAAUACUGAAGAACAUAAAAUAUUUGAUAAUUAUGUAUAUGCUAUAUGUGGUGAUGGAUGUAUGCAAGAAGGUGUAUUUUGUGAAGCUGCUUCACUUGCAGGUCAUUUAGGUUUAGGUCGAUUAAUUCUUUUAUAUGAUGAUAAUAAAAUUACUAUUGAUGGUAAUACUGAUUUAUCAUUUACAGAAAAUAUAGAGAAAAAAUUUGAGGCUUUAAAUUGGGAAGUUCGUCGUGUUGAAGAUGGUAAUAAAGAUUAUAAGAAAAUAUUAUAUGAAAUUGAACAAGGUAAAAAAAAUUUACAACAACCAACUCUUAUUAUUGUUAGAACUGCAUGUGGUUUUGGUACAAAAGUGGAAGGUACUUGUAAAUCACAUGGAUUAGCUUUAAAUGAUGAAGAUUUGAAAAAGGCAAAAGCUUUUUUUGGUUUAGAUCCUGAAAAAAAAUUUCAUAUAUCUGAUGAUGUAAAAGAAUUUUAUAAAAAUGUUAUACAAAAAAAAAAAGAAAAUUAUAUCAAAUGGAAAAACAUGUUUGAUGAUUUUUCUUUAAAAUAUCCACAAGUAUCACAAGAAAUUAUAAGAAGAUUUCAAAAUGGUUUACCAAAUAAUUGGAAAGAUGCAUUACCAAAAUAUACACCAAAAGAUGCACCAGGUGCUACUAGAAACCUAUCCGGAAUUGUUUUAAAUUCAAUAAAUAAAAUAUUUCCAGAGUUAAUAGGAGGUAGUGCAGAUUUAUCAGAAUCAAAUUGUACAUCAUUAAAAGAAGAAAAAGAUAUAAAAAAAAAUUCUUAUGCAAAUAAAUAUAUUAGAUUUGGUGUUAGAGAACAUGGUAUGGUAGCUAUUACAAAUGGUUUAUAUGCGUAUGGUGGAUUCAAACCUUAUUGUGGUACAUUUUUAAAUUUCUAUACUUAUGCUUUUGGUGCUUUAAGAUUAGCUGCUUUAUCAAAUCAUCAUAUUCUUUGUAUAGCUACACAUGAUUCUGUUGAAUUAGGAGAAGAUGGACCAACACACCAACCAAUUGAAGUUUUAUCUUUGCUUAGAUCAACUCCAAAUCUAAAUAUAAUUAGACCAGCUGAUGGUAAUGAAGUAUCAGGAGCUUAUUUAUCUCAUUUUUCUAAUCCACAUACUCCAACUGUUAUUGCUCUAUGUAGAAAUAAAGUUCCACAUCUUAAUAACACACAUCCUGAACAAGUCUUAAAAGGAGCAUAUAUUUUAGAAGAUUUUGAUACUUCUAAUAAUCCAAAAGUUAUUUUAACAGGUAGUGGAUCAGAAUUACAUUUAUGUUUUGAAGCUAAAGAAAUUUUAAAAAAUCAACAUCAAUUAAAUGUAAGAAUUGUAAGUUUUCCAUCUUGGACCUUAUUUAAAAAGCAACCAGAAGAAUAUCAAUAUUCUGUUAUGAUGCAUAAUCAUACGAAUUUACCUAGAUUCUAUAUUGAACCUGCAUCAACACAUGGAUUCGAUACAUAUUUCAAUGUAUAUAUAGGUAUUAACCAAUUUGGUUAUUCAGCACCUAAAAAUAAAAUAUGGGAACACCUAGGGUUCACCCCUGAAAAUAUUGUUCAAAAGGUAUUAGCAUUUAUGAAAAAUAAACUUAAAUGA